AAGAGGAAAGAGGAGCAGCAGCAGGCGCAGAAUCAGCCGCCGCAGCCGAAGAAGCCUCGACUCGUCUUCACCGACAUACAGCGGCGCACCCUGCUGGCGAUAUUUAAGGAGACGCAGCGGCCGUCGAAGGAGAUGCAGAUCGCCAUCGCAAAGCAGCUCGGGCUUGAGCUGAGCACGGUCGGUAACUUCUUCAUGAACGCGCGGCGGCGCUCGCACGACAAGUGGAAGGACGAGAACAAGGACAAGAACCUGACGUCGUGA